CAAGAACAACGAGCGGCGGAUCUGGCUUCCGAGCUGCAGUUGGUGUUAGGGAAUAUGGUCAUCUUGCAACGGGUACUAUCGAGAUGCGGAGGGGAGUGGCAUAGCUGGCACGAAAUCGACGACCAAUACGCGGCUUCAGCCUCUAGUAGUCCCAACUCAGCUCUACCUCGUCUAGCUUUACCUGGUGAUGAAAAGAACAAUGCACAUGCCGAUGGUACAACAACUUCAGCAACUUCAUCGCAGUCGCAUUAUUUGCAUUUCAUUACGCAACACAACUUCAAACAAAUGACAAUGGAGGUGUUAACGCCUCAGCUGGCGGCAGAGGGUGUUUGUGACGACGAUGACGGGGAGGAGGAAUCGCAGGAAGAGACAUCAGAAGAGGAAGAAGAAGAGGAGUCCUCAGAGGAAGUGUCAGGAAGUCAAGAAGACGAAGACGAGCCGGUGGAAGAAGAGGGAACUGGAGGGAUGAAGAACAAGAACAACAUGGAGAUAGUUCCUGCGAAGAGGCAAGGGAAUAAGAUUUCAUCUCGCGACGAGCGUGGCGAAGACAGGAACAAGGUGCCGCAACCUCCAGCAAUCUCUUCCGUAGAAUCUGAGGACACCUCAGAUUUUUUCGAUGAGCAGUAUCCUCAAGAUGCAGUUUUAUCACAUUUGCUUUCCCUCAAUGAGCACGAUCUCGCUCGCCAGGUGCAGUUUAUGUAUGCGAUUGAGCGACCCAAAGUGUCUGAGAUUGAGCUUCAAAGACUGGAAUACCUCUUCACUGCAAACGGAGCUGAUCGCAAGACAGAAGCAGUGAAUCGAUUGUUGCACUUCGUACCUGCACAGGCCGUUAGGUUUGCUUUUGCUCUUCUAGACCGAUUCGUCUUAAUUCCCCACCGGUUGCUGCUUUGCCGCAUGCUGUUGGAGAACCUGAAGAAUUGGCUCUCUGCUGCUCAGAUCGAGCGACUGGAGGUUUUGAGUGCUAGUUUGGAACUGUUAGCUGCAGUGGUGUCCUCUACUUCUUCUAGUAAGAGUUCUAGUACCAAGACUUCUUCCAGAAGCGGUGAGUCAAUGGACUCAUCAAAGCAGUCAAACUCAAAAGUAGAGGACGACCUGCCGCAUGAUGCAUCAGCCGAUGAAAAAAAAAGUUCGUCUAAGAGUAGCAAGAGUUGCUCGAAGACAAGCAAAGCUUCCACAACAUCUUCUUCGAGCACCUCUCGUCCUCACGAAAUAGACAAUUUCUCAUUCAUCUCCAAGACCGGGGACUGCUGUGAGAAGAACGUAAUGAAAGCGCACUACUUACGCUUGCUAGAUCGCCCGACGCUUAUUGUGGAGAGCCUCUUGAUGAACGCAAGGGCGGAUAUAUUGGGACCAUUUCUGGACAAUUUUCCUCAAUACCGAAUCGAUGGUUUGAUCUUGCGAUAUGCCAGAAAGGCGCUCAGCCUCGCUCCA